GCGAAACAAUGCCAUCAAUAUUGCAAUUGUCGAGCACUGGUGCCUACGAUAACCCACAGUUUGUUUCAAUUGACGGCAACUCCAAUCAUGUGAUCGCCGGUCGGACACGAAGAAAGUCCAGUAUUUUGCGGCGACUUUUUGCCAGCGCUGACCGAAGAGAAUCCGUUAUAUCCAAUACUGAAGUCUAUCCGAAGAUUGAGUUCUAUAGGAGUUAUGACACACUUAGCAAAAAGUCAAAGAGACCCGCAAUGGAUGAGUUGCAUCUGCCUCAUUUGGCAUCUAACCAGGCUUAUGAUGUAAAUCCGAGCCUCAAUGAGAGGGAAAGGGAGGGGAAUAGGAAUAGCGAGGAAUCAGACAUUAAUGUGAGCGAUGGUUUGGCCACUAAAUUGGGCUGGGUCGAUGGAGUUUAUAUCCGAACAAUGAUGAAUCUCUUCGGGGUUAUGCUGUUUCUAAGGAUGGGUUGGAUGGCCGGACAGGCGGGCAUUCUGUUAGCCUUAACGCAGAUAUUGAUCGCUACGAUAAUCACAACAGUGACCACUCUAUCAAUGAUAGCCCUCUGCACUAAUGGCAAUAUAGGCGGUGGGGGUAUAUAUGCUAUGAUAUCGAGGAGUGUUGGACACGAGGCCGGAGGGGUUAUCGGCUUUUUGUUUACGUUCACAAAUGCAGCUUUCGUUGGACUCAACCUCUUAGGGACAGCCGAAAGUGUUACUAACAUUUUUAAAACAUUGAUGUUCUUCUUCUUGACACUAAUUAUAUCAUUAUUGGAUUACUUCAUCGGAGCCCUACUGUCACCGACAGAGAAACAACUGUCGCUCGGGUUGGCCUCUUGGAAGCCAUACGUUAUAUCCAACAAUUUAUACCCGCGUUGGGAUGGAUACGACUUCUUCCAAGUGUUCGGUGUAUUCUUCCCGUCAGUGACGGGUAUAUUCACGGGC